GGAAAAGCGUGGACGAGAACGGAACCGAUAUGGAAUAGCUACGCCUCAUCGGUAUUUGUAUGUGUUUCGGGAUAGAAACACCCAUUGAAGACCUACAGUUUGGAUAGAUGAAUAUCCAAGGAACAUUUACUGCUUUUCAGACUGGAAUAUAAACAACGAAUUGUGAAGAAUUUACUUGAAAAAAACUUCAAGAGUUGUGUAAACAUUCGACUCUCAGACUUGAAGGACCCCUUAUAAUAAGCACAAAAAUACUUUUCAAAAAUAAUGGAUUUUACUUUAUAACUCUGCAGAAUAUGUGACGAAUGAAUAGAUUUGGAUAUAUACACCAUUGUACGUUAUAUAAGGAUAUUUGUCAUCAUAAUCCUAAAGUGGAAUCUUCGUAAAAGACGUGGGAAUGGUUGAAAAGUACAGCCAUUGGAGUAAAAUGGCUAGUAAAAUUUUACUGUUUAUUUUCUGCAUAUGUGCAAUUGCAGAAUGUAGGAAUAUAAAGACUGUGACAGUGCCUCAUAAUAGCAAACCUGGAUUUAUACUUAGUAAGCUCCCUUUCUGGGGUCAGGCAUUUUCCCUAGAGGAUAACGACCCCUCAAUAUCGCAAUUUUUCCACAUACUUGAUGGCACCAUUAUGACGAGUGCAGAUAUUUCAGACCUUUUGGGAAAAAAUUUGAUGCUAAGCAUCAAAAAUACAAUUGCUGAUAAUGAAUGGUAUGAUAUAUUACAUGUGGAUGUACAGAAUGGCAAUAAAAUGUUAAUUUUUCCCGAACAGUCGUAUAAAGGGUAUGUCAUGGAAAAUCAACCUGCGGGCACCCCAGUACACAGCCUUUCAGCUCCUCUAUUUGCCAAAAUUAACAAUGUAGAAAGUCCUGAUAUUUUGUACUCCAUAGUAACAGGUCGUAGUGACCUAUUUGACCUGAAAUUAAGAGAAGGUCAAGUUGACAUCAUCACCUUAGCUCCUCUGGACCGCGAAGAAAAUUCUGAAUUCCAACUACAACUUAGCGCUUCAUCUCUCCAAAACAAUGAUAUUGCCCAUGCCAAAAUUACCAUAUUAGUUGAAGAUGAAAAUGACAACAUUCCCAAAUUUGAAUCUUCAUCAUAUAAUGUUCUUAUCCCUGAGGAUACGGUUGCUAUGACGACCAUUCUAAAGGUCAAAGCAGUAGAUCCGGACCAGGGAAAGUUGAAGUAUUCUAUGGAACCAAGCAAAUUAUUUAGAAUUGAUUCUGAAUCUGGUGACAUUGUUCUACAAACUCAACAAGGCAUUGAAGAAAAAACGUACCAAUUUGAAAUAUUCGUGGAUGAUGAUAUACAUCGUGAAGCAGCGAUUGUAUCAGUUGUCGUGGAAAGUGAUCUACUAUUUAUCCCUGAAAGUCAUCGAAGAAAUCGUAGAGCUGUUAGGCCAAUAAGAACUUUUGAAUUGGAUGAAGGCACGACUUCCUUGUUCAGUGUCAAGUCCCCACCACUUAACGAUCAGGAAAGAUUCGCUUUAGUUUCUGGAACAGAAAAGUUUAACAUUAACCCAUUUACUGGACAGUUGACUCUUGCGGCAAACCAGGAACUAGAUUAUGAAGAAACGCCAUCUAUAACUUUCUCUGUUGAGAUCACGCGGGCAGACGACAGAACCUAUAUUGAUGAGCAGCCUAUACGGAUAAACCUCCAAAACAUCAAUGAUGAACUACCAUACUUUGAAAAUAAGCCUGAAAAUUUCCUUGCGACUGUACCAGCCGAUGCCCAAGCUGGACAGAGCGUGUUCCUCAUGCACGCAAAGGACCCGGAUAAGGGAUCUCAGAUUGUCUACCAUCUAGAAUCAGGUGGUGAUGACUUAUUCCAAGUAGAUCGCACAGGGGGAUAUGUUCGUACCAAGGGUAACCAACGCUAUACUCCAAACCGCGAGUACAUCCUUGGCGUGUCCGCUGAAGACAUUAACGCACCGACACAGCAGAAAACACCUAUCAAGAAACUGUCUAUCCUCGUUGGUGAAAGGGACCCACAGUUCUUUGAGCCAGAAUAUGAGGCAAAUAUGCCCGAAAAUGCAGAUCCAGAUUUCUCAAUCGUAACAAUCGAGGCCCACUCAUUUCAAAAACAUGACAUCUCAUAUGAGCUCCUAGAUGCGUCAGGGAAUGAGUCGCCAUUCUUCCGAAUCAGGAGUGUUGACAAUCGCAAAGGAGAAGUGUAUUUGAUCCAGAAACGUGACUAUGAAACCGAUCCAAAUAGAUAUAUUUUGAGUGUUACCGCAACAGAAGAUGGGCCAGACAAUCCUCGAUCUAGCACCACUAGGUUGGUGAUCAACUUAAUAGAUAUCAACGACAACAAUCCUACAUUUCCACUGUCAGAAUAUAUUCCUCAAAAUUCUGUAGCUGAGACAAUUGCAGAGGGCACUGAGAUCACUAGAGUGACUGCAAUUGACAAGGAUGCGGGUGAGAAUGCCAGGCUACAAUACAGUAUUCCCAAUGAUGGCAACUUCACUAUUGAGACAAGGAACAAUGUGGGGAUCAUCAAAACUGCCAGACGGCUUGAUUACGACUUCAUACCGGAUCAUACCUACAAAUUCCAAGUGGUUGCCGUUGACAAUGGUGAACCACCACGUAGUGGUUCUGCCAUGGUCCGUGUGUCCAUAACCAAUGUCAAUGAUGAACCUCCAAUGUUUAAUCCUUCAGUUAUUGAAGCUAGAGUUAAUGAAGAUGCUAACCCAAAUACUGUGGUCACAGUCGUACAGGCCUCAGACCCUGAUGGCGAUCGAGUCACGUUUUCUCUCAAAGGCCCAUCAGGACCAUUUGAAAUGAACCCUAACUCUGGAGUAAUUACGCUGGUUGAAAGAAUCAACACAAAUGCCGUGAAAUAUGUCCUUAACGUCACGGCAACUGAUGAUAAUUCCUGUUGCCGUAGUGGCACCAGACAACAUAGCGAUGGUGUCGUAAUCAUUGAGGUUAUAGACGUCAACAACAAUGCACCAAAAUUCCCCGAUUGUGACUCUUAUAACCCGACAAUUCUGGAAAAUCAAAACAUCGGUCUUUCAGUUAUAACUGUAUCAGCUCAGGAUUUAGACAGUGGGAGUAAUGGUGAAAUCAGAUAUUCAAUCGUUAACUCCCCAAAUCAGGAUAGUGAUUUAUUCGAGAUUGAUCCCUUUAAUGGCACCAUAACAACAUCAAAUGUUUUCGAUCGUGAGAGCUCAAAUAACGUCAAAGAAUACGGAGUGACAAUAAAGGCUGCAGAUAGAGGGAGCAGCAGCUUGGCUGGACUCUGCAACUUCAAAGUGAAAAUUGGUGAUUUGAACGAUAAUGACCCCACCCUUGAUCAAAGCAGCUACCAGAUUACCAUUCCAGAAAGUAUCGAACUUAACACUAGAAUCCUGAGGGUCUACGCCAAUGACAGAGAUACUGGGAUAAAUGCCCAGGUUUUCUACGAACUCGUAUCUGAUCCUUCAGGAUUCUUUGCGCUGGAUAGAGAAUCUGGUUGGUUGAGCGUUGUCAAGGCGAUAAACCAGAGAGAGAAAGUGAUCCUUGAGGUGAAGGCAACAGAUCGUGGCACCCCUCCAAGGUCAGACACUGCCGAAGUUGAAAUCUCCAUCAAGGAUACUGUGAACAAGCCACCUGUGUGGAUCGAAAACAUAGACAAUACACCAAUCACAAUACUUGAGAACACCCCACAGGAUGACGUCGUAGGGACGUAUCGUGCGCAAUCUCAAAUUGAGGGUAACCCAGGUGUGAGCUACUCCAUCCAAACUGGGGUAUCACCCGAGAGUAACAACCCGAAAAGUUUUUUCUCUAGGACUAUCGAUACGGGGAAUUCAGAUGUCCCAUCAGCUAUGGAAGUUCUUGUCCUGGAUUAUUUGGAUUAUGAGAAGAUCCCAGAGUACAUUUUGACAUUAAGAGUUGCAAAUCGCGCUGGCAACCCUCUUCACACGGAGGCUCAUCUCACAAUACGGCUAAUCGAUGUGAAUGAUGUCAUCCCGCUAUUUGAGGGAGUUGAUGAGAACAACCGCUAUCCCGCCAGUGUUGCAGAGAAUGCCCUCAUUGGGACGUCGGUCGUUGUUACACAUGCUGUUGAUACUGAUGUUACACCUGAAUUCGCAAGGGUCACCUAUGGUAUUGAAGAGAAAGGCCAGGAUUGGCGGAAAUUCAGCAUUGACCCUGUGACAGGUCUUGUUGAGACAAUGGCUCAAUUUGACCGUGAAGAACAGAGUGAAUACUUCAUCACUGUCUAUGCGGAAGAUGGAGCACCAUCUGCACGUCCUAAGUCAAACGGGAAUCCUAACCGUGGAUAUGCUGAGGUACACAUCAAGAUCUCUGAUGUUAACGACAAUAGACCAACAUUUGCUGCAAGUAUUUAUAAUGCUACCGUGGAUGAAAAUGCCGACACUGGACAUAUGGUUGCCACGGUAACUGCUGAUGACAAUGAUGAAGCGAGUAUCCUCCAGUACUCAAUUAUUGACGUCACAGUAGAUCGGGGAAGUAGCGGCAACGAAUUUGCCGUCAAACAAGACACUGGCGAGAUCUAUGUUGCGGGGAAACUUGACUAUGAAAACGGCCCUCGGGAAUACACAUUGCGUUACAGGGUGUUUGACGGACUUUUUGAUAAUACAUGUGCCGUCGUAAUCAAGGUCCAGGAUGUUAACGAUAAUAAGCCAGUUUUUACGCAGUCAGAAUACACAGUUAGGAAUAUACAAGAAGAGAGCACGGAUAAUCCAAAGUUUCUUGUUCAGGUCAGUGCGACAGAUCCAGAUACAAUGCAGAACACCAAUAUCCACUAUCGACUAGAAGGCCAGUAUGCAGAGGACGGCACAUUUGUCAUCGACCCCAACACCGGGGAGAUCUCCGUCACUAGGCCUUUAGAUCGGGACAGUCCUAAAGGGACAGAGGCAUAUGAGGUGAACGUCUUGGCGGAUGAUGAACCAGGACAGCCGUCAUCACUAACUGGUGUAGCCGUUGUGAGAAUCUUCCCAACAGACAUCAAUGAUAAUGCUCCGGAGUUCACUGGCUCUUUGAUUGGACACGUCACAGAGCAUGCUAGUGCAAAUGAUCCUGUGCUAACAGUAAGAGCAACUGACCCAGAUGAGUCCAUCAACGGGACCGUCACAUUCAGCAUACGACAGUCUCCAAUAGCUCCAAAUGGUCAACGUCUGUUUAAAAUUAACCCUGACACUGGGCUUAUCUCCACGACAACAGCGAAUAGCCUCGAUAGGGAGAUUCCUGGCCAGGAUAGAUUUGACAAUAUAAUAGUAGUGGCCUCAGAUCGAGGAUCUCCUGGGAAAUCAACUAGUGCCACAGUCACAGUCAUUGUGGAUGAUAUCAACGAUCAACGUCCUGUCUUCACCGAAAAACUCUACACGACAACAAUGUCUGAGAGUCUGCCAAAAGAGGCCUCUGUCAUGUCUGUUCAGGCUGUUGAUGGAGAUAUUGGGGCAAAUGCCGUUUUGACAUAUUCUCUGCCUAACCCUGAUGAUAGGAAGUAUUUUAAGAUCGAUAGCGUUGAAGCCACCAAUACUGGCGUCCUUAGGAUUCAUGAGCAAGUGGACUUUGACACGUUAGACAGUCACUUCUUCAACCUGACCGUCCAAGUCACUGACCCAAACCCAGAGCACAAAGACAUUGCCUACAUUCAAGUUCAUGUGACUGAUUUCAAUGAUAACGCCCCUGAGUUCUCACCUCCACAUAUUCCUGUCACUGUUCCGGAGAAUGUCACAAUUGGAUACCCCCUGGCAACAUUCACGGCAACAGAUAAGGAUCAAGAAGGGGAAAAUAGUAAAUUUGAGUACAAAAUUGAUCGCGGCACUGACAAAAAUCGUCAAUUCUCAGUUGAUGACGCAGGAGUAGUUCGUGUAGCAAAACCUUUAGAUAGAGAAACUGACCCGGAUCACAAAGUUUACAUCCUUGCAGUAGACAAAGGUUCACCUCCGCUAACCGGCACAGGAACUCUGACAAUCACGCUGACUGAUAUUAACGACAACUUCCCAGAAUUUGCUGAAGACUACCACCCUGUUGUAUAUGAGAAUGAAAGUCCCCAAGACCCCGUAGUGACAAUCAGAGCAAUGGAUCCCGAUGAUGAUACCAAUGGACCCCCAUUCAAGUUUUGGUUGCCAUGUAACGGGGGAUGCCCUUGUGAGCAAAAUCCAACUUGUGAUGAGUUUACAAUGCAAUUUGUCCAAUCUGGAGACAGCCUCAAAGGUGCUGGAAUCGUCAAGGCCUUAGUCCCAGACUUUGACCGCGAGAAGCAGAAAUAUUACGAGAUCCCUAUUAUCAUGAAAGACACUGGAAAUCCGCCAAACAGUGGUACAAACACGCUUACUGUCACCAUUGGCGACCGCAACGACAACGAUCAUUUCCCGGGACAUCAAGACAUCUUUGUGUACAAUUACAAAGACUGGGAGCCAACAAGUGAAUUUGAAAAUGCUCCGUGUGGCUAUGUCUAUGCUCAGGAUGAAGAUGAUUGGGACCGAGAGGAUAAACGGUUUGAAUUUGUUGGAACAAAACCAGCACAGUUCGACCUUGAUCUGGUUGGUGGAAUGAUCUAUAUGAAGUUUGGCACGAAAGAUGGAAUCUACACAUUCAAUGUGCGAGUAUAUGACCAAAUAAGGGACAAAUCUGCCGUCUCAUCUGUAAAAGUGACAGUACAAGAAAUUGGCGAUGAUUGUGUUAGAAGUUCUGGUUCUCUUAGACUUACUGACCUCACUGCUGAAGAGUUCCUAGCCAGGCCAUAUGAGGGGCCUCCUCUGACCAAAUAUGGUGAUAGCAAAAGAAGUAUACUUCAGAAGAAGCUUGCAGAGAUGUUGAACACUGCAACAGACAAUGUUGAUAUAUUUACAUUAAGGAAUCAUCCAGAUCUGAAACGUACACUUGAUGUGCGAUACUGUGCUCAUGGCUCCCCCUAUUAUAAAGAGUCAAAACUAAAUGGUCUAAUGGAGCAAAACAGGGAUGAGUUUGCUGCUCUUGGAUUUAACAUUGCUCAAAUUCCCGUUGACGAGUGCUACAAAGAGAUUUGCGAAUCAGGUGGUUGUGAGAACCGUUUAAUAACCACCAAUAAACCACUGCUCAUCAACUCAAAUGGAACGUCCCUGGUGGGCGUGACUGCCUACAUUGAGGCUGAUUGUGUUUGUGCAGCGAAGACAUUCUCUGAUAACCUUGAGACUUGUAGUUUUGGCGUGUGUAAAAAUGGUGGAACUUGUGUCGAUCAAGAUGAGUCCGGUUUCCGCUGUAUCUGCCCAGCUGACUUUGACGGAGCACGCUGUCAACAAACUAAACACAGCUUCAGUGGCGAUGGAUGGGCAUGGUUCGAGCCCCUCAAACAAUGCGAGGAUAGCGUCACCAGCCUCUCUUUCAUCACAGAGGAGCAAGACGGUAUUAUUUUAUACAAUGGACCCCAGCGGCCAGUCACUGGUGAAGAAUUUGAAGAUUUUAUUCUCUUGGAGUUGAUUGGUGGAUUCCCACAGCUUAGGAUCAAUCACGGGUCGGGAGAGACAUCAGCACCUCUAAGGAUUCUGGGAUUGACGUCCGAUGACGAGCAGGUCCUCGGGAAGCUGAAUGAUGGUGAAUGGCAUAGGAUUGACAUCUAUAGGGAGGGAAAGAAAGUAAGAAUGGUCGUUGACCAGUGUGUGAAGUCCACAAUUAGCGAACAAGGAGCUAACACUGUAGAAGAUCGCACUGCCUGUGAGGUUAUCGGGGAAACCAAUGGUGACAAUAUGUACCUUAACGUCAAGGACCCUCUCCAAUUAGGAGGUGUUUCCAUGGAGAACCCCAAGUUCCCUAAUAAGAUGAACACUAAGGGCUUUAAUGGCUGCAUUAAGGACCUUGUGCACAAUGGAGAGUUAUAUGACUUAUUCAUUGGUCGAGAAGGAAUGCACGAGAACUCUGAAGAUGGCUGCCCUCGUGAAGACGUCAUCUGCGGUGCAAACAGCAUAGAUGGUUUGAAGUGUGGAAUCCAUGGAAAAUGUAUCGGCAGUUUUAUAGAUGGCGUCUAUAGAUGUAUGUGCGAUCCAGGCUAUAGGGGAAGCAAAUGUGAUACCAAUACGACAACCAGAGAUUUUGGCGAGGACAGCUACAUAGAAUGGGACUUUAAAACUGACUUCUACAAUACGCUGAGCCAAAGAAAGAAUACUAUACAGCUCAUGUUUAGGACAAGGCAAGAUGAGGGACUGCUUUUCACUGUUAAGACUGACUUCAAAGAUGAAUACAUGAACCUGGAGAUCAGAGACAAGAAGAUCCAGUUCCGUUACAACCUAGGUGGCGCUGUCAACAUCCUGCCCCUUAGUUACGUGAAUGUCUCAGAUGGACAGUGGCACGUAGCCAGAGUGGAGCGUAUGGGAAAACAAGUUACUUUGAAACUUGAUCAUGGGGAAGGCCGUUAUAUCAACCACACUGAAGGGGAGCUACAUGGUCAUCAGUUAAUCAGGAUAAGCAGUCGUAAUAUCUACGCUGGCGGGGAUGUCAAAGAAGUUGGGCGAACAAGCAUUGACCUGGACUACAUGGACAGUUGUUUGAACGACAUAAGAUACGAUGAGGAGUGGUUCCCUAUGACAAACAACGAAACACCCCAGAGUGUAAGCGCAGAGUGGAUGGACGAGCAGGCCAUAUCUGAAGGGUGUCCCACAGCUGCUUGCGUCAACUUCCCAUGCUCCCCCUCACCUCCUCUCACAUGUAUCGACUUCUGGAGGAAACCUGUGUGCAUGUGCCCGCCAGGUCAGAUGAUGUCUUCAGGUCCAGAUUUGUGUGUCAACAUAAAUGAGUGUCUCUCAGAUCCAUGUCUUAACGGAGGCACAUGUUAUGACGGAGAUAAUCGAUUCACAUGUGAAUGUUACCCAGAAUACAGCGGUGAAUACUGCGAGUUGCAGACGGCAGCCGUUGUUGCGAUUGUUAGUCCAGGCGCCAUUGUUGCAAUCAUUGUGUGUCUCAUUGUACUUUUACUGAUCAUCUUGCUAUUUAUCAUCUACAACAGACGUCGUAAACCUCAUUAUGUCGUUGAGCUUGAACCCGAAGAUGACAUCAGGGAGAAUAUCAUAAACUAUGACGAAGAAGGAGCAGGUGAAGAGGACCAAGACGCAUAUGACAUCAGCCGGAUGCAGAAACCUGUUGAUCCAGAUAUGCCAUCUAAGAAAGUCAAACCUCUGAAAUCUGCACCUCCAGGGGACUCUCCAGAUGUUGGUGACUUUAUAAACAAUCGUCUUGGUGAUGCUGAUGAUGAUCCGGCAAACCCUCCACACGACAGUGUGCGGGAAUACGCCUACGAAGGUGGCGGUAGCGAGGCCGGGUCUCUCAGUUCUUUGAACUCUAGUGAAUCAUCAGACAAUGAUAAUUUUGACUAUUUAGAUGACUGGGGUCCGAGAUUUUCAAAAUUAGCUGAUAUGUAUGGUGCUGAUAAGUAGUCAUGGAUUUGUGUAGUCAUGGCUGAAUUAGUCAUGGCUGAAUUGAGUCAUGGAUGGAUUUGUAUUUAGAUAGCUUUAUACCAAAUAUACAGUACUGCACACAGCACUGGAGCGACACUCUUAGACUACUGUUGGUUAGCAUUGGAAGACAGUGUGUUCUAAUUGCAGUUUGCAGUGAAAUUUCGGAAGGUACUAACAGUAGGAAGACAGUAUUUAACCACAGCAAAUAGGACACAAUAACACAUUCACUGCGAUACUACAAUAUGGUGGCACAAUGCAUGAAUAUUCACUGUCCAUAGUAAAUCUCAUUUGCGAAAUUGACAACAAACAAAUUGGUUUUGUUUCCAAGAAAGAUCAGAUCCAACAUCCUAUUGUAAGGACUUAUCGUACAGAUUGACUCGCCAGUAGAGGCUAAAAUAUACAGCUGGUCCAGAUUUAACUGGUCCAGACCUAGAGCUAGUACUUAUCAUGCAUUCUGUCCAAAUGAAAUUUACCAGGGAUCGUAUGUAUAUUCCUUGUGGAUUCUGUGUCGACCAUUUGUAGUUUUGCUAUGUUGUAACUACAUAUCAAACACAUGCAUGAUGUAUUAUAUAAUAUUAUUGCUCAGACAGGGAUGAUAAAAACUUAAAAAGCUGUGGAUUUCAAGUUGAUGCUUUUUAAGAAUGUGUUUGUCUCAUGUUAUAAAAUGUUCCUUACAAGUCUAUUGAGGUUUGUGACAGUUCAACAGCCCUCUGAAAUACCACAUAAAAAGCAGUGAUCUCCCUAGCAUUUAAUCAGCUGGGUGAAAAAUAAUGGCACCUUAUUGAAAAUCUACUGCACCCUGUUAAAAUUUGAAAAUAACAUGCCACCCCGUUAAAAGUCUGUUUGCACCUUGUCAAGAGGAUGAAAUAUACAUGUACAUCUA